AUGUCAGGAAGCCUCGAUUGCGACAGGGCCGCAUACCCGUAUCAGCCUGUGUGCCGCUGCAGUGGCACCACGUCCACAACGACGCUGUCGGAUCGUUGGUUUGUGGGGGACUCCCAAGACACUUGCAACGAUCUGUGCCAGUUCAAGGGCUACACGGGUUGCGAUGCCGAGAAAACUGCAGAGCUAAUCAGGCGGCCAAGAGUGUCACGGGUGAUGGACUUCCUGAACACGAGCUGCGCAUCUUUUGCUGACAGUCCGUUGAGCAACCUCUUCCCGGCAUACACCGAAAACCAGAAGUGCUUCUUCAUGUCAGGAACCCUUAAUUGCGAUGCGGAUCGCGUGGGGUAUCGGCCCAUCUGCCAUUGCAGCAACACUACCUCAACGACGACGCUGGCCCAUUGGUUUGUGGGUGAGGAGGAAGACAGCUGCAACGACCUGUGUCAGUUCAAGGGCUACACCGGUUGCGAUGCCGAGAAGACCGGAGGACUCGUGAGGCAGCCGAAGAUGUCGCGUGUGAUGGACUUCCUGAACACGAGCUGCGCGUCUUUUGGUAACAGUCCGUUGAGCAACUUCCCGGCAUACAGGAAGGACCUGGAGAGGUGUUGGUACAUGUCGGGAAGCCUCGAUUGCGACAGGGCCGCGUACCCGUAUCAGCCUGUGUGCCGCUGCAGUGGCACCACGUCCACAACGACGCUGUCGGUCGCCCGGCUGCAGAAUAGCCCUGCGCUCGUGCUCUGA